AUGGAAGUUUCAGGACGUAAAGGAUCUUCAGAUAUUAUAAGAUCAUGUCAGCCAUGCAAAGGUGACGGUGAUAUUGUACAAGCAGAGGGUUACUGUGAAAACUGUAAUGAGUUUAUAUGUUCAUCUUGUAUAAAGGCACACAGGAAGUUGGCGGGGACAAAGAAUCACGUGAUCAAAUCUAAAGAUGAAAUGCUGACAGUCCUGUCUUCUCAAAGUGAUCCGUGCACUGAACUAUGUGAUGUUCACAAAACCGAAAUAGUAAAGAUUUAUUGUCAGGAUCACAAUAGUGUUGGGUGUGGAGAUUGUACGGUACUUGAACAUACUUCCUGCAAGGUUCAACUAGUUUCAGACGUGUCUUGUAACUAUGACAACGGUGAUGAACUUGUUCAACUCAAACACAGUAUUGAUCACCUUAUGAAAAACCUGGAUUCUUGUAAACAAGAAAUAAAAUGCAGUCUGGUAACAGCCGAUGAGAUAAAGAUAACAAUAUUGAAGGAAAUAAAGACGUUUCGUAAAGAGAUGAACAAUUAUCUUGACAGGGUAGAAAUAGACCUUAUACAAGAAGUUGAAAAGAUCAGUGCAAGCGAUAUCGCUAAACAGCAAAAGCUUCAGGGUCGAUGCGAGGCUUUGAACGAUGAAAUCGAACAAUUUCAAAAUAAACAAGAACAGUGUAAAGACAAUAUCAAUAACUUAUUUGUUACAUCAAAACAAAUACUAAAGAAACUGCGAAGAUGCUAUGAAAUCAAUAGGGAAAUUUCAUCUAAAAGUCAAAUAAACACUUUAAAAUAUACUCCUGCUAAAGAAUUGAAGGAUGUGAAAAUGCAUAACAUAUGCCUUGGCAAUCUUGAUAGACAAGUGAAGAAAUUCUCGGGACGAUGCACAAAAAGAAUCAUUGACAAUGAGACACGUUUUGUGAGGAAAAUCGACGUACAUACCAACGCAAAAAAAGAUUGUUAUAUAUCGGGAAUGUCAAUCAUGUCUGAAACUGAAAUUCUAUUCGCAGAUAGCUAUAAUGUAUCAUUAAAAGUAUUAAACCAUAAAGAGGGUAAAAUUACAUCAACAUUGAAAACGUCGAGUAGGCCAGCUGACGUCACUACAAUAAAUUCCUCGUCUGCUGCAACAACUUUACCUGCUGAGGGCAAAAUCAUGUUGAUAAAUACACAAAAUGGAUUGUCUGUAAGUAACAGUCUGCGAGUCAAACAUGGAUGUUAUGGAAUAGAUCAUCACAACGGUAUAAUGGCAGUAACUUUUGUUGGUUUUUGUCCUGCUGUUCAGGUGAUAGACAUGGAUAUAUUAUAUUCUUCAUCAAGUCAGUGA